ACUUUGAACCUGAGAGAAGAAAAAUAGUUGUCAAAAUUCCAGUCACAUGUAGAAAUUGCCCAAUUGCAGUCAAAUAAUGGCCACAACAUGCCGCGCCAACGCCGCUCUUUUAACACAGAGCACCAUGGGUCGCAAAUUCGUUGUCGGUGGAAACUGGAAAAUGAACGGAACCAAAGCCCAAAUUAACGAAAUUUUGGGAUUCCUCAAAGCGGGUCCUUUGAACGCCGAUACUGAGGUCGUGAUCGGAGUUCCAGCAAUCUACUUGGACUACGUAAAGUCCAAUGCCCCAGCCAAUGUUGAGGUGGCUGCUCAGAAUGCGUACAAAGCCGAAAAGGGCGCGUUCACUGGCGAAACUUCGCCGUUAAUGUUGAAAGACAUUGGCGUAAACUGGGUAAUCUUGGGGCAUUCAGAACGCCGUCAGAUUUUCGGCGAAUCCGACGAAUUGAUCGCUGAAAAAGUGGCUUUUGCAUUGAGCAACGGACUGAAAGUAAUCGCUUGCAUCGGGGAAACUCUGGACGAAAGGGACGCGGGUAAAACUGAGGAGGUUGUCUUCAGGCAGACCCAAGCCAUCGCAAAUCAAAUCAAGGAUUGGUCCAAUGUGGUACUAGCUUAUGAGCCCGUCUGGGCGAUUGGUACUGGGAAAACCGCCACGCCCCAGCAAGCUCAGGAAGUCCAUCAGUCGCUACGCCAGUGGAUUUCCAAAAAUAUUAGCCCUGAGGUGGCGAACGCUGUCCGAAUCCAAUACGGCGGUUCGGUAACAGGGGCAAAUGCAAAGGAACUGGGAUCUCAAGCCGAUAUUGAUGGCUUUCUGGUUGGAGGAGCUUCCUUGAAGCCAGAGUUUGUCAGUAUUGUUAAUGCCAGACAGUAACUGGCAAACUGAUAGAUCCAGGAGUGGCAGAACCGUUCCCAGCUGUAAAACCUCAUGGUUUUUCGUUCAUUAGAAUGCUGCUUCCGAAAA